GAAAUGAAGAACCAAUCCUCUGUCACAGAGUUCAUCUUGGUGGGUCUGUCCAGCCUCCCUGAAUACCAGAUGUUCCUCUUUGUGUUAUUCACCUUCAUCUACAUGGCAGCCCUCAUUGGAAACCUCCUCAUCGUCAUCACUAUUACUACCAGCACCAGACUCCACACUCCCAUGUAUUUCUUGCUUAUCAACUUGUCCUUGAUAAACCUUUUAUCCAUCUCAGUGUCCAUUCCCAAAAUGCUACACAACCUUCUGGAGCACAAGAAGACCAUUGCCUUCUUAGGCUGCAUUACACAGAUAUAUCUCUUCACUUGGACUCUGGGAAGUGAAGAUCUGGUCCUUGCUGCCAUGGCUUUUGACCGUUACGUUGCUGUCUGCCACCCUUUGCAUUACACCAUCAUCAUGAGGAAGGAGGUUUGUGUUGAGUUAAUUGCUGGCGUAUGGAUAGCAGGACUGAUCAAUUCUGCAGUCAACACUGGAUUUGUGCUCCAUCUUUCUUUCUGUGACUCGAAUAUCAUCAAUCAUUUCUUUUGUGAAUUGCCAACAGUGCUAAAACUCUCCUGCUCAGACAUCAGCUUCAAUGAAACCCUGGCUUUUCUGGCUGACAUAGUCUUUGGGAUGGGCAGCUGUGUGGUAACUUUAACGUCCUAUUACUUCAUUCUGAGAACUAUCUUGAAGAUUCGCUCCAUAGAAGGCAAGAAGAAAGCCUUCUCCACCUGCUCCUCCCACCUCAUAGUUGUCAUCUUGUACUACUCCACAGCCAUUUACACCUACAUACACCCCUCCUCAGCCUACUCUCCAGACAGAGACAAAGUGAUCACUGUCCUAUAUUCCGUUAUAACUCCAGCGCUAAAUCCUCUCAUAUACUCCCUGAGAAACAAAGAGGUCAAAGAAGGCCUCAGGAAACUGAUAAGAAGACUUGGGCUAUAUCAAAGAGAAUAA